AUGCACACCACCCUCCCUGAAUCAACUUCAGAAAACUUGGAGUAUUAUGACCUUGCAGAAGCCUGUGAUAUGGGGGACAUCGUGGCCAUGGGAACUGUCUUCGUGGCCACACUCUACUCCCUCGUCUUUGCCUUUGGCCUGGUGGGAAAUUUGCUGGUGGUGUUUGCCCUCAUCAACAGCCAGAGGUCCAAAAGUAUUACUGACAUUUACCUCCUGAACCUGGCCUUGUCCGAUCUGCUCUUUGUAGCCACCUUGCCCUUCUGGACUCACUAUGUGAUAAACGAGCAAGGCCUUCACCAUGCCACGUGCAAACUCACCACUGCCUUCUUCUUCAUUGGGCUUUUUGGAGGCAUAUUCUUCAUCACCGUCAUCAGCAUCGACAGGUUCCUGGCCAUUGUCCUGGCUGCCAACUCCAUGAACAACAGGACCGUGCAGCAUGGCGUCACCAUCAGCCUCGGUGUCUGGGCAGCCGCCAUCCUGAUGGCGACACCGCAGUUCAUGUUCACCAAAGAGAAAGAAAACGAAUGCUUUGGUGACUACCCUGAGAUCCUGCGGGAAAUCUGGCCUGUGAUCCUCAAUGUGGAAAUAAAUUUUCUUGGCUUCCUGCUCCCCCUGCUCGUUAUGAGUUACUGUUACUUCAGAAUCAUGCGGACAUUGUUUUCCUGCAAGAACCACAAGAAAGCUAAAGCCAUUAGGCUGAUCUUUCUGGUGGUUGUCGUGUUUUUCCUCUUCUGGACACCCUAUAAUGUCAUGAUUUUCUUACAGACGCUCAAUCUCUAUGACUUCUUUCCCAAGUGUGACGUGAAGAGGGAUCUGAAGUUGGCCAUCAGUGUGACGGAGACAAUUGCGUUUAGCCACUGUUGCCUCAAUCCCCUUAUCUAUGCAUUUGCUGGAGAGAAGUUCAGACGAUACCUUUACCAUCUGUACAGGAAAUGCCUGGCUGUCCUGUGUUGCCGUCCUGUCCACAUCACUUUCUCUUCGUCUCUGUCUGAAUCACAAAGGAGCAGGCGGGAAAGUGUUCUGAGCAGCAAUUUUACUCAUUACACCAGUGAAGGAGAUACAUCCAUCGUUCUCUGA